CUUCGUCGACGCCGCUGCAUCCUCUUCUUCUACUCUGCAGCCGAGUAGGACUACUUCAUCUUCUUCUUUUUCUACCUCCACCACGACCACCACUGGUCGCGGCCCCGUCUCAUCAAGAACCAAUAUUUUCCUAAAUCGAUAUCUGAAUAACGUUGCUGGUGCAUCGUCUACACCUUCCUCAAAGAACAACUGCGGAGGAAGUUGCAUACAAGAACAAAUAGAAAAAAAUGAAGAGCUACGACAAGAACUUGAUAAAAAUCAACGUUAUCUUCAAAUAAAACCUUUACGACCUUUCCUGCAAUCUCAAAAUAUUCGUCAACAUGUCAGACGAGAACGAGAGCCGACCUCUGCAGCACCAUCAUCUUACUCGAGAGCGAUUUCCGCGAAACGCAAACCAGUUUUAGAUCCUUGUGACCGUGAUUGGUUGUUCAGAGGGUCAGAUAAAGGAAAAUUUGCGCUGAAGAAAAAGAUUGUGGCGCAGUUGACAUCAAGUGAGGAUUACGAGGAUUUUCCUGCCAACGAUAGGAUUUUGGUGGCCGUAAAAGACGCUGUCACGGGAAAACCCCUGAAAAUUCUUACCAACCUGGUCGGAGAUAGUAGAAGCUGCUUUAUCAACAUGGCAAAAGCUAAAACAAGAAGUAUGGGAAAAAAUGGAAGCAGUUAUGCAGCAUCUUUUAACGGCGACCAACAAGCUGACAAAGAAAAGUCACUACUGUUAGAUGAAGACGACGAUGAAGAUCCAUUUUUUGCGAGUGAAGCUUAUUUCUCAGCUGAAGGUGCUACUAUCAACAACCUGAAAUUCAGACUGAAGCAAUCUACACACGCAUCUCCAGAGCUGAUGAAGCUCGAGCUAGUUGUGCCUGGGGAAAGCGGUGGUUGUGGACGAGAACGAAAAAGACAAGAGGUUCUGCUCGCAAACGAGCAGCACGACGAAAGUCCAUUGGCGCAGCUCCGAGACAAACUGUCCUCGUCCACCUCUUCAGAUAGCGGUCACCAGCUGGUUUUCAAUUGGUCAGUGCGGUCAGACGUUCCGAAACAUCUGUUGCACGAAUAUCUGCACCACUGCGUUUCAACAGGAGAUGCUGAGCACGUGGUCCAUUCUGCUAUGAGUGCUUUAAGGGCUAAGACUGAACAAGAGGAAGAGACAGCAGCGCCAUCGACGAUUGCGCUUCUGCGGAGUCUGUCCUGCAGUGGAAAUGGAAGUAGGGAUAGAGUAGAUCGGGAGGCUGUAGAAUAUCGAGCUCAACAAAAUAACUCAAUUCAAACCUCCUGUCUGCGGAGAAGACUACUCGAACGCGGUUACAUGUUUGAAUGGCUUGAUUUGGCGACUUGGUCAAAAGGGACAACAGUAUUGCAUAUCGCGGCUUCGAAUAACCAACCUGAGAUCGCAAAAGCCGUAUUGGAGCAAGUGAGAAAAGAUGCUUGUGAGUUGAGGUUUAUGGUGGAUGUACAUAAAACGCCAGAGCAAGUGCUAUCUUGGCUUUCGCGGAGAUGUAAUUCUGAGGAACCGCCAGUGAUACGUGGUCCACGUCGACCGCGGCUACUUGGUGCUCAAGGACCGACUACGUCAUCGCUCCGUAAAGCUCAGUCUUAUCCGGGACUGCUCUUAGAAGGAACGCCACAGAUCAAAAAGAACCAAGAUGAAUGCUUCAGCACUCGAUGGAAAGAAUCAUUGUCAUCCAAGACGUCCUCUUCUAGUAUGAGGGCAGCUGCGUCUGCCUAUGUGUAUGCGACGGCUGACACAGCUGGCUCGGCUGAUUACUCGCCCUUCGAACCUUCGAUGGAGAGCCCCUACUGCGGUGGUUCGAAGAGUUUCCAUUGUCGUGAUGCAGAACCCCGUGAUCGGAAAAUAUGGUUCCCGACCGAUGUUGACAUCAAGCAAGAAGGACACGCGGCGCUUCCGCCCUCUUCCUCAAGCAGACCCAAUGUAUAUGUCGGCGGCUUCAACCUUAUCCAAACCCUGUUAGACUUUCCAGCUGAAAAUGACAAAACUGCCUUGCACUAUGCAGUCGAAUGGCGCUCAUCCACCUGCUCUCCCUCUCGAGCGCCAGCAUUUGGAUUUGAUCGGGAUAUAUGGAAUAAAGAUGAAAAUCCUGAAGAACAUGAUUCGUCGCUUGAAUUGAUGAGGAUCUUACUUGAAUCCCGAGCGAAUGUCAAUGCACGUGAAAGUUUACAAGGGAACACGCCUGUGCAUCUAGCCGCAGCCGCUGGAAAUACUGAACACGUGAAACUGUUACUACAGUUCGGCGCGAACCCGAAGGCCGUGAAUUACAAAGGUGAAGCUGCAAGUGAAUUUAAGAAGAGGCUGCACGAAGAAGCUGAAGCGCAAGUGGAAGCUGGAGAUUUAAGACCAAUAUUUCUGUUGGGCCGUUCAAGAAGAGAAGUGCAAGAAAUUGAAGAAGUCUUUGCUCCUGCCCGCGCAGGUGAUGUUCGGGCAUCUUCUUCGCAUCUUCAAGUACACUAUUCGUGUUGUUUGCAUAAAAAAUAGGGCAGUGUAGACUUUUUAGUUGUGCUUGUGUUGCACUCUGGAGGAUACAACCAAUUGCAAAAAUGAUGCUGGAUCGUUUAGGA